UCCCAGCAAGUGGCCGUGGUGAAGUCGCCCCAGCCAAGAACGAGGUGCGGGGCAUCAUGCGGCGAAAUUGUCCCGUCGCCGUUGACGACCCAGCUCCCGGGGGAGCCCACAUUCCCGAGCGCUAUCGCUCUGGCCCCCGGCGCAUAGUCUUGGCAGUUCACGUGCAGACCGACGUUGAUGAGGAAAUCCUCCUCGAUGUGCGGUGGCCGCGUCGCGUCCGUAGUCCACUCGUCCGGCAUCUCCGGGAAACUUAUGCCCCCGUCCGUGCUGCUAUGAAGCAUCUUCGUGCCCUCCGUCGGGUCCACGGCGAAGAAGUGGUUGCUGUGCACGUUUCCGCCCUCAUCGGGGUGGUAGUUUCUGUCGGCAUCAUUCAAGCCCACCGAGAACUCCACGCCAUUUGACUCCGCCACCAGGUAGAACUCCUGGCCGGCGAUGUACUGGCAGUGAGCGGGCAUGCCGUCGCCGCAGUCGUCGUACCAGCACUCCUCCACCGCCUGCUCGACGCCGUCGUAGUAGUAGGUCGCCGUGACGCCCUGGCCGUAGCUGUACGAGUAGCUGUGCGAGUACGAGUACGAGUACGAACCAUC